GAGCAGCGGAGGUGAUGGUCCAGCAUGUAGAGAACCUGAAGCGGCACCACAUGCGGGAGCAUGCAGAGCUGGAGGAGAUGAAGCGCCUGAUCCAGCAAAACUCCCGCAACCGGCAGCUGGCGGAGACCCAGGGUGAGGUGGAGCCGCGGCUGAGGCCUCACCCCCUGAUGCGAACUUUCCAGCAGGGGUCUGCCCGCCGCAGAGUCAGCAUCGCCGUCAUCCCCAAGCAGCUCUUGCCAGGUGCCAGCCUUGACAGCCGAGCAGCCCCGGCUGGCGAGCCAGAGAGGGAGGGGGCCCAGUGCCGGCCCAGCACCCAGAGAAGCGAGCUGGAGCCACAGGGCCUGGGCAGCGCCGUGACCAGGAAGCCGGUGGCUGAGGCAGAUGGCAGACGCUCAAGUGCAGGGGAUGAGGAGCCAGAGCAGCUUGGGCUGACGUCCAAGGGGUCCCCAGUGGAGCUGUGGCGGCCGUGGCUCUUCCUCCCGCAGCACUACUGGGUUUUCUUCUGGCUGCUUCUCCUGAGCAUCGCCUUCCUCCUCCUCAUCCGAAUCCUGGAGCUGCAGUGGCUGCAGCCUGCAGCAUCGCCCAAGGCCUAGCUGGAGUGCGGAGGGGGUGUGUGGCCAGGAGGCACCCAUUUUCCAUCGCUGCUCCUUCCCUGCACCGUAAAACACCAAAACCCUAGAAUAAUAAAAUUGGAGGAAAAA